AUGGCUGUAGCGCCGCAUGCGUCCCUGGAGUGUACCGCGGAGAGUAACCUGGCUCGUAGCUUAACCAGCAGCCGUAGCAGGAGGGCGCGUGAGAACCCUCAGAUGCAACCGCAUGAGGAGUUUAAGAAGCUUCCAGAAGCGAGGGAGGGAGAGCAUGAGAGAGAGGUGAAAAGUCGAGCAGUAAGAGGAGGAAAUGGAGAAAGGUUAGGAGGAGUAAGAGUAGCGGGAGGCAGGGGUAUCGGAAAUAUUGAGAAGAGGGAAGGUGGUUUGGUUGGAGAGGGAGGGAGAGCAAGGGGUAUGAGCAUAGAGCAGCUUGAGGCGGAGGCUGGGAGGACUGACGCUCGGACUGAUGGUCUUAAGAGAAAUUCUUGGCUAAGUGGCAGUAGAAGCAGGAAACGGGGGAACCCCAUGAAGCAGCAGCGGUUGCUGCCCAGUGAGGACGAGGUGAGGGAGGCUGCUACUGAUUGGCCAACGCUUGGGACCACUCUGAGACGAGUCCUUCGCAUGGGAGGGAGUGGGGUGGACGACAGAGGGGGACUGGGGACAGGAGCAGCAGGAGCAGGAGCAGAGCCGACAGGAGAAGCUGCAGCAGGAGCAGCGCGGUCACAUGGUUGGAGCUUCUGUGAAGGGAUGGAGGGAGCUGAAGGAGCAACAUGUCUUGCAGUGGACGAGGAAGGGUUGGUGCAGCAGGGCCAAGAGGAGCAGCCAAAAGCGGCAUUACACCUACCCGCUCAUCCGCAGGCGGAGCAGAAGCAGCAACAACAGGAGGAGGAGGAGCGACAUCGGCAGCAGGAGCUGCAAUGGCAACAGCAGGAGGAGCAGCAGCAACAGCAGAGAAUUCCUCUGCCACCUGCCAGCAAAAUGCCAAGCAUUGGAGGGCUGUGGAAGCCAGGGCGGCUGGGUGGCGAUCCCAGGGUAAUGGACUAUGAGUGCCGAUUCUGCGGCAAGGGGUUUGAUUCCCCUCGGGCGCUUGGAGGGCACAUGAAUCUGCACAGGAAAGAGCGCAAGCUAGAAGAUGUGUUCCUACAGGAGGCCGAGGCGCAAGCCCGGGCUGAGAUACAGCUGCGCCAGCAGCAGCAGCUACAGCUGCUUCUCCAACAGCAGCAGCAGCAGCAAGAGCAGCAGCAGCAGCAAGGUUUUCAGCUACACGGCCAGGAGCAGCCGCUAAUGCUGCAGAACCAGCAGCAGUGGUUGCUGCAGCAGGCAAAGCAGCCACAGGGACCCUCCACCCACUCCAACCGAUCCCCACCGCACCAUCUGCUCCUCCCUCCUCUCGCCUCAGACCCCUUUCUCUCCACCCUCUGCCCGGAGGUCCUCCAGUCUCUCUUUCUCCGCUCCUGCCCCUCUGAAACAUCCCCUGCUGACGCUGUUACACCUCGUGCAGUUAUCACUGCAUCCUCAUUCGCACCUGCCCAUCCUGCUUCUGUUCCUCCUUCACUUCCACCCUUGCCUGCUGCUGCACCACCACCGAUAACCAUACCACGGGUAACCGUACCAUCAGUUACCACCUUUUCUCAGCAUCCGUCCUCUCUUUCCCCACCUGUAACCGCUAGUCAGCUGCGAGCAACACCACUUGAUAUGUUGGCUUCUGUGCUUCCAGCUGCUGUUACAUCUGGUGUUACAUCUGAUAUUACAUCUGGACGACCAGUGUCGGCCCCGCCUGUCGCAAAAAAGGGGCAGGGGCAGCAGGUAAAAUCUGGAGGGCUGCAAAAGACUCAGCAGCAGCAGCAGCAGCAGCCAAUGGAAAUGACGGAAGAGGUUAUAAGGGAGAUGGAAUCCUUGCCAGUGCGGUCAGUGGCAGGGGCAGCUCAAGAGGCAAUGCAGAGGGCAAGUGGUGAUAAUUUGGCAUGGCUGCGACCACAUAGGCAACAGCUUGAGCUGCUUCGGAAACAGCAGCAGGAGCAGCAGCAGGAGCAGGAGUUGUUGACUCAACUGUUGGCCUUGGCAGAGCAGCAAGCACAGCCAGGCAUCGGUGGGGUGUUGGAGCAGCAGGGCAAGGCAGGGCAGCAGCAGGGGGGGAGCAGUCAAGCAGAAGCAUGCGUGGGGUCAGAAAAUGUUCCCCAAGGAGGAGUGGAAUGGGUGGGAGGAGUGAGAAGAGGAGAGGGGUCCGUGCAAGAUCUCACGGGUUUGGAUUGGCUGCCUGCAACCUCGCACCUCUUUGACUUGUCUCUGCCGGCUGUAACGAUGCCAGCUGUUACUGUUCCUGAUGUGACUAUUCCUGAUGUGACUAUGCCGAAUGUGACUGUGCCUGGUGGAGCCCAGUCUGAACCUUUCCCUGCCGUCCCUUACCUCACCUCUGGGCCCCUUUCUUCUCCUCUGGUGACGCCUUCACUGAUUAGGCCGCCAGUCCUGGCUGGGUCUGCAGUUUCAACUCCUGCUGCCGCUGCUCCCCUGACCACUCCACAGUACGGCUCUUCAGCUGCUGGUGCCGCUACAUCUCAUGGUCCUUCAGGUGCUGCCGUUACAUCUCAUGGCCCACCAGGUGCUGCCAUUCCAUCUCCUGUGGUCCAUGGCCGGUCGAUUCCAACUGCCUCCAUCCCAGCGCGCCUGCAGUCCUUCCCCUCCUUGCAGCCGCCUAUCUUUCUCCAUCAGCCCAACUUGGCGCAGCAGCAGCAGCAGCAGAUAUUGACCUCUCGGCCUGUCGUGAGCCAGCAGCGGGAGGCUAGCGCUCUUACAAGGCGGCCAUUGCAAGGGGAGGGUGCAGGAGGGAGCGAGGAGGACGAGCUGGCACAGCUGGAACAGCUUCGCCAGUUGCUGCUCUUACAGGAGCAGCUUAUAAGGGAUCAACCAGGGGGAGAGGGUCUUGAGUUGAAGAGGCAGGGGCUGGAGGGGAUGAAAGGUGUGGAGUGUUGUGGCGAUUUGAACCAGCAGGUUGAGACAGAGGGGGGUAUAGCAGGGCAAGAAAAACUGUGCUGUUCAGAAGAAUAG